ACCCAAUCCAUCCACCCAGGCAGACAGACAGCUUCGUCAAGCUACCAAAAAACAAAUUCACUCACGAACAACAACCGAUUUGAACAAUUUCCAUCUCACAACAUCAUCAUCUCAAGACGGAACGAUCUCUCCAUACGAGCAAUACUUCUCAUCCAUCCACCCUAUCACCCACACCCACACACAUAAACACCGCGACAAUGCCAGACACAACACCCACCAUCGUCACGCCCGCGACGGCCACCUCACCAGCUACGGAAAUGAAACGGAAGACUUUCGUUCCGCUUGAAAACAACCCCCAAAUAAUGACCACCCUCCUCCACUCCCUCGGCCUCUCCCCCUCCCUCGCCCUGCACGACGUCUUUUCCCUGACCGACCCCUCUCUCCUCGCUUUCGUCCCGCGCCCCGCCUCCGCUCUCCUCCUCGUCUUCCCAGUGAGUGAGGGGUAUGAGAAGUAUAGGAGAGAGGAGGACGAGGGGUUGAGUGAGUAUACUGGGAAGGGGUUUGCUAUUGAUGCUGGGGAGGGGAAGUUGGGUGAAGAGGAGGGAGGGAAUGAGGGGGGGGUAUUGUGGUUUAGGCAGACUAUUAGGAAUAGUUGUGGGUUGAUGGCGUUGUUGCAUGCGGCGGGGAAUGGGAGUGCUAGGGAGUUCGUUGACCCAGACUCAACACUCGGCCAACUCCUCAAAGACGCCACGCCCCUCCCCCCCACCGAGCGCGCGGAUUUACUCUACAACUCCCCCUCCCUCGAAGCCGCCCACUCCGCCUCCGCACAACAAGGCGACACCGCCGCCCCACCCGCAGACGACAUCGUAGAACUCCACUUCGUGACCUUCGUCGUCGUGAAUGGCAAACUAUGGGAACUAGAUGGGAGGAGGAAGGGACCGAUUUGUAGGGGGGAAGUGGGAGAUGAGGAUGUCCUUGGGGAGAAGGCCCUCGAGAUGGGACCGAGGAGGUUUGUGGGGAGGGAGGAGGGGGAGUUGAGGUUUAGUGUUGUUGCGUUGGGGCCGGGGUUGGAUUAGGUGUAGGUUGGGGGUUUGGG